AUGAUUCAUCAUCUUUCCCCAAAACCCUACACUCACAUUCAGCUCAACCUAUCAGAACAAUGCCGGCUGGGCACGGACUGAGGUCGCGGACCAGAGAUACGUUCUCGCGGCCUUUCAGAAAGAAGGGUCCGACCCAUCUCUCCACCUACCUCCGCACCUACAAAACUGGAGACUAUGUGGAUGUCAAGGUUAACGGGUCGAUCCACAAAGGCAUGCCUCACAAGUUCUACCAUGGUCGAACGGGUCGGGUCUGGAACGUCACCAAGCGCGCCGUCGGCGUUGAAGUCAACAAGCAGGUGGGCAACAGAAUUAUAAGGAAGAGAAUUCAUGUUCACAUUGAACAUGUUCAGCAAUCACGAUGCCAUGAAGAGGUGAUGCUGAGGAUAAAGAAGAACGAUCAGUUGAAAGCUGAAGCGAAGGCGCAGGGUAAAAUCAUAAGCACGAAGCGUCAGCCAGAAGGGCCAAAACCUGGAUUCAUGGUGGGAGGUGCAACAUUAGAGACUGUAACUCCGAUCCCCUAUGACGUUGUCAACGAUCUCAAGGGUGGUUACUAAGGAUUGGCUCUAGGCUUAUCAGUUGUAGCGGAGAGUUGCAAAAUCAGUUAUGGUGGAGAUAAAGGCUGUAGAAUCAGUUGUAGCGGGGAGUUGCAAAAUCAGUUACAAUGGAGAUAAAAAGAGUUGAUUGUAGCAGAGAGUUGCAAAAUCAGUUACGGUGGAGAUAAAGCACUACAAAAAAACGCGAAAAUAGCGGCCAAAAUUAGCGACGGCGAAGCCGCAACCGGCAAUUACCGACGGCACAGCGGCGGCAAAAACGGCGACCCUCCUUUUGCCUAUUACCGGCGCAUUACCGACGGCAAAACAACCGCCGCUAAUUAGCGGCGGUUGUGCCGUCGCUAAUUUAAAUAUAUGUUAAUUUAAAUACAAAUUAUUUAUUA